GCUGUCCAGCACUGUUCGUUAAGUUGUUAUAAUUUGCAUAACCAAUAUAUAGCACAUUUUAUAAAAUAGAUUUGCGAUAAAUUGGUGUAAAACUAUGUCGAAGGCGGUCAGUAAAUUGAAAAAUCUGAAAAAGACUGUGGAUAAAGUAACGCAUACCACGAAAUUAAAGACAAAUAUACCAGCCGGCAUGGCAGCAGCGGGUCCUCCUCUAGGUCCAAUGUUAGGUCAACGCGCAAUCAACAUUGCGGCCUUCUGCAAAGACUUUAAUGCACGUACCGCUGAAAUUAAGGAAGGUAUACCGCUACCUUGCAGAGUAACAGUUAAUAGUGACCGCAGUUAUAAUUUAACGAUACAUUCGCCACCAGCGACAUUUCUCUUGAAGCAAGCUGCUGGUAUUCCGAGAGGAGCAAUGUAUCCAGGAAAAGAAACAGCCGGAAAGAUUACCUUAAAGCAUUUGUAUGAAAUAGCGGCUAUAAAAAUUCAGGAUCCACCCAAUGCAUUAUUAACUAUGCAGCAAAUGUGUGAAAUGUUAGUGGGGAUCGCUCGUACUUGCGGGAUUCAAAUUGUGCGUGAACUUAAGGCUGAAGACUAUGCAAAUUUUCUGGACGAGCGACGUGCUGUUGUAGAUGCUCAGAGAAAAGAGCUACAAGAAAAACGUGAAGCGAAAAUGUUACGUACUGCUUAAGAUUAAAAUUUAAAAAUGUAAAUU